UUCUCAUUAAGUAUUUUUUAGAAACUCAUCCACUGGAUUAAAUUAAAUUGGUUCUUUGUGACAUCAAAAACGUGCUAGAAGCUGUUAAAUUUAGUAGGUAUGAUGAGAAGGAGGGUUGUAAGGAUUUUUACACACACAAAUAAAAACUAACUCCGCCCUCCCGGGAGCAGCAUCCUGGUCACUCUACUGACAUUAUCCGUCACGCCAUUUUCCAUCGACGACCGAGACGAACAAACCGGCCGGAGAGGAAAAAUAUAAACUGUGAACUGCAACAAACACGAUCCAGUCAUGCAUCGUGACUGUCCUCUUGACUGCAAAGUCUAUGUUGGAAACUUGGGCAACAAUGGAAACAAGACAGAGUUAGAGAGGGCAUUUGGCUACUAUGGUCCUCUUCGCAGUGUCUGGGUUGCUAGGAACCCCCCAGGCUUCGCUUUUGUAGAAUUUGAAGAUCCUAGAGAUGCAACUGAUGCCGUGCGUGAGCUCGAUGGAAGGACAUUGUGUGGUUGCCGGGUACGGGUAGAGCUGUCCAAUGGCGAGAAGCGCAGCCGCACCCGUGGCGCUCCCCCUUCGUGGAGCAGGCGUCCUCGAGAUCGAGAUGACUACAGGCGGCGUAGCCCACCGCCCAGGCGAAGAUCCCCACGUAGGAGAAGCUUCAGCCGCAGUCGAAGCAGGUCUUUCUCCAGAGACAGGAGGAGGGAGAGGUCCCUCUCCCGGGACAGGAACCACAAACCUUCGAGAUCUUUCUCUCGAUCAAGGAGUCGCUCCAGGUCUAAUGACAGAAAAUAGAAGAAUGUCUGUCAGGUGUAAAGGGAGUUGAAGAAAACGGUUGUACAGGCUUUGCCGUUUCAUAUGAUGGACAUCUACAUGACCGUCAGGUCAUUUUUGUUUUGGGUUUUUUAAAACAAUCAAGCAUUUUAGUCUCCCCUUUUCUUGUUCUGGUAAUUUCAAAUACAUUGAGUGGGUUUGUACAGGUGUGACGCCUCAUCUAAGUCACGUCUGUCUUGUCAGUCCUGAAACAGUCGAACCACCCAGCAUUCCAAUUCACCAGUUAAUCUCUGAAGAGUUUUGGUUUUUGUCAAUGAAUGUACUGUGUAGUUUGACAUAGUGGUAGUCCCUCAUUUUCAUUGUGUAAGCACCAGUCUGUCUGUUGUCUUUUUUUUUUUUUUUUUUUUAAGGAAACAUUGCAAUGAUGUGUAAGGAACUUCCACCUUUUGAUUGUCUGUAAAGCCGACCUAUUUUCAACGUUUGACUUUCUUCAUACUGAAGGUUUCCAUCUGUUUAAUGGUUGGUUAUUUGUAAUAAAGACAAACUCAUUCAGGAUGCAAAACUCUGGCAUCAGUGGAAAAAAAAAGUGUAAUGAACACAAGUCUAAUUUUUGUCUAUGAAGUUUUCCAUUAUUUUUCUUUUCUUUGAUACUAUGUGAAAUUGUCUCAAUUAAAAAAUACUGGUUGUUAAAAAAAUCCUA